CGAGUAUAUAGUGACCCUCAAAAUCAAGAUUCUAGCAUGGAUGGACCUCUGAAUGAUACAAUGAAUGGGCAUGCUGACAAUGUGGAGGAUGAUGAUCUGCAGGUAGAAUACGAAAACCUUAGUCAUGUACAGAAGAGGCAGAAUCUUAUGAUGCAGAGAAAAAUAGAUGUUCUUUGCUCAAAGAAACAGAUGGAGCAAGAUGAUUAUGUGGAGAAUGAGGAUCUGCCAGCACAUUACAAAGAUAAUUGUAGUAACGAUAAG